AUGCUCCGAAAGCACAGCGAAGGCGACGCGCACUAUAAGAUGUGCAAGAAGAUCGCCCAGCUGACGAAGGUGAUCUACCAGUUGAACACACAGAACGAAGACUACGAUGCGCGGACCGUCGCGAUGCGUGGGCGGCACGAGGCGGAGGUGCGCACACUCUGCAGUGAGGCCGACAGACGUGUAGAGGAGAUUCGAAACGCUUUCCACAACGCGGAGCAGAAGCGCCUUGACGCCGUCGAGGCGGUGCAGCAGCAGUGCAAGGCGCAGCUCGCUGCGGUGAAGGAUGUGUACGCACAAAAGACUGAGUCGGUAAUGAAAGAGCUCUCGGCUAGCAGGGCGCGCUUCGACACAACCAUUGCGGAGGUGAAGGCGUCGUAUGCGGCGAGAGCGGAGGCGGAGGCAGCGCAGCGCAGCGCGGCGAAGGACGCAGAGACAGCCAACUUAGUGCUGGAGUACAACGAGCGCUACAAGGCAAUGCUGGCGGAGCAGAUGGAUGCGAGAGACGCAUUGUCGGAGCAACUACGAGAGCUGCAGUCGCAGCUUGACGCUGCCGCCAUAUCGCACGCCGCUGAACUACAGCAGUGGGCUGAAAAGCAGCGCGAGGCGGAGGCAGCAGCAGCACGCACCGCCGCGGAGCUAGCGCAGUGGCAGGAGAAGAGCAGCGACCAGGAAGCUGAGGCACGGCGUCUGCAAGAGGCCUGUAACGCCCUGCAGAGCCGUCUCGAGGCGGAGAGUAAUUCGCUCGGUUCCUACCACAACUUAGAGGCGGUGCUUCGGCAGGAGAAGGAUGAGCUGCAACGACAAUUGAGUGAAAUGCGACAGGAAGGGGAAGAAAUGCAGCGACAACUGAGUGAAGUACGGCAGGAGCGUGAGAAGUUUGAGCGCAUGAUGAACGAAAAGGUGGCAGAGCUCGCGAGGGUUGAGUCAGACGUGACAGAUCUGGAAAACCAGCGGAGCUUGCUGGAGGCACAGUGCAACGGUCUCACACACGAACUCCAGGUCGCGUCAGAGAAGAAUCUAGAGCUGAAUAGUCAAGUGGCGACGCUUGAAGGUCGUAUUUCGGAGCUGCAGCAGGCGUUGCGACGCACGGAAGAAAACGGUGCUCAGAAGCAGCAGGCGGAAAACUCACUCCAGAAACGCUGUGAGGAGCUGCAGCGCCAGGCAGACGCACUCGUGCAGAAGCAUCAGGAAGAGCUUGCAGAAUUGCGAUCGGCGCAUGAAGAGGCCCUAUCCAAGAUGCGCUUGGCGUCACAGCAGUCAAGCGACAUGUUAGUGACUCGCCUUCGGCAAGAGAAGGAGGAGCUGGCGCGACGGCACACCACAGAAAUGGAGGAGCAGCAGCACCACCAUAAGGCGCAGAUGGAACAACUGGCGCAGCAGCACGAGGCGGCGCUGAAAGAUCUUUGUGAUCAGUUGGCGGGUGCUAGGUCUGUCGAGGAGGGGUUGCGCACGGCCGUUGCGCAG